AAAGUCUGUGGCUCUAAUGAAUUCAUGAAUGAAAACAUGACAUUUUCCUUGCAUUCAUUAACUUUGUGAAUUUUUGUUUGCUUUCUGUGAAUUUUUACUAUAUUUCCGUUGUCAAACUAGCAACAAAACAAAUGUAGCGGUACGUUGUGCAAGUGACUGAUGUGUUACAUUUUAAUCGAUCUUUUAAAAUAUAAAGGCAUAAUUUAAAUAGCAAGAUGACGGAAACUCAUCGACAACAACUUCGCCUUGGGAAGUGUAUAGAGGAUUUGGACAAAUUACACAAUGUACCUGAACUCAAGACGAAAAGAGCCACAAUGUUAUGUAAAACUGCACAGAAACUAUUUGAAAACGCAGAGGAGGCCCGAUUGAAUGGUGAUGAGGAGUCUUCGUAUGUUUAUUACAUGAAGUAUCUCCGAAUUAUUGCAUACAUAAGCAAGGACAAGGAGUAUUUGAAGGAAAAGUCGUAUUUUAACAACAUGCUCGGCACGAAAAAUCCAAACAAAGCCCUUGAUGCUGCUGAAAAACUGAAGAGCAGCUUAAUUGACAGAUAUGCCAAAGAGCAGAAAGCGAAGCGAUUGAAUGAUAUAAAAGAGAGUGAGUUGUUUAAACAGAAAAUUGAUGAAAGCAGAAAGAAACAGAUGGAAAUAGUGCCAAUUAUUGAAGCACCAACACCUUUAGGAUUGCCAGGUCCAGACGAGGUGACCAUCAAGAGCGAGCAGUUGUACUCCAUAUUGAAGAGUGGCAAGUUGAAAGUAAUGAUACUGGACGUGAGACCGGGCAGUGCAUAUGUAGAGUCCCACAUAGCGUAUCACAUGUGCAUUAGUGUACCAGAGGAAUGCAUAUCUCCAGGUCAAUCAGCCAACGUUUUGGAGCAAAACCUACCGGCGGCGUCCAAGGAGGUGUGGGCUGAACGCGCCAGCAUGGAGCUGAUCGUGAUCCUGGACUGGAACAGCACAGAAGUUAUACCGGGGAAAACGUUGCAUCUCCUUAAGACGAUAUUGCUCAAGUGGGAUGUAAAAGUGCAUUACGCCCGGCCUCCAGUGGCCCUCAAAGGCGGUUACGAAGACUGGUUACUCAAGUAUCCGGCCUUCACCACGAACCCUCAAGCUGUACCGCCCAGGCAGGAGGAGUUCCUUGACGACAUGCUCAGCGAGAUUGACUACCCCAACUGGUCUGACCUGGCCCCAGUGACUCCACCGUCGAGGCCCAAACCUCACCAACUCAAGCCUGGCGAGCCGAUCAUUGACCGCGCUAGUAAGGCGGUAGCAGUGCAGAUAUAUGAGGAGAGAGCGCGGAUGCAGUUGAUCCUGGAGCAGCAGGAGCGCCUCGCAGACACCUCGCUCACGCUCGAGAUGCAGCGCAUCGAGGCUGAGCAGGACUGGGAGAAGGUCCGAGUCCAACGCGAGAGUGAGCAGCAUGAUGAGGUGCGAGCGAUGUUCCUUCUGCGCGAGCAGGAGAUCAUAUCGCAACUUAUGCAGCUUGAGAACAAGCAGUAUGAUAUGGAACAAGAAAACCUAAGUUUACGCGAGCAACUUGAGGAAUACCAAAGGCGUGAACGUGAGGACGCAGCCCGACUUGCGGACUCUAUUGCCAGCGCGGCCCACGACAAGGAGGCAGAAGCGGAACGAGCGCGCCUAGCCAGCGAGCAAGCGGCUGCUGAACGUGAAUUGGAAGCGAAGAGAGCUCGCAUCGCAGACAUGCAAGCACAGCGCGUGCAGCUCGACCAGCACCGCGAGCAGCUGCAGCAGCAGCGCCUGCGCAAGCAGCACGCCUCGCGCCGCGCACGCAGGCAGGACGAUGACAGUGACUCGUACAUGGCGUCCCCGGACAGUCCCGGGGCGACCGGCCUCAACCGGUCGCAUUCCUCACCGAAUAUACCGAAAAUGCAGUCCGUAGAAGAGGACAUGAUAAUACCGAUUGUGGAUCGUAGCACGAAACCGGCAAAAGUGGCUCCCUCCAGUGACAUGUAUCAGCGUGAUUUCCAGCCAGUGUGGGGACGCGUGGAACGCGGCCUUACUGGAUUGAAGAACCUCGGCAACACCUGUUACAUGAACUCUAUUGUUCAGUGUCUGAACAAUACCAAUAUGUUGGUCACAUACUUCUGCAGUGGAGAGUACCUGGGACAUGUCAACAGGUCUCAUAGCACACGCGGUGCUAUCGCCGAGGAACUGGCCGCGGUAGUACGGGCGCUCUGGUCAGGGCAGUACCGUUUUAUUGCCAUCAAGGAUCUCAAGAACGUGGUGGCCAAACAUCAGCGUACGUUCCGCGGUUGCGAGCAGCAGGACUCUCACGAGUUCCUGACCAUCUUAAUGGACUGGCUCCAUCUUGAUCUGCAGUUCACCAUAAGCGUGCCGUCCAACAAGGACGAUCUGCCCGCGUCGGAGAAGGCGUGGUACGAAUAUACGAAGUCGAAGGAGAGCAUGAUCCUACAGUUGUUCUACGGACAAAUAAAGUCCACGGUGAUGUGUACCGUGUGCGGAAAACAGAGUGUGACGUAUGAGUCGUUCUCAAACCUCUCGCUCGAGAUGCCGGCCAACUCCAACCGCUGCUCGCUAAGUGACUGCCUCAAAUUGUACCUCAACGGCGAGACGAUACCCGGCUGGAACUGUCCGAGCUGUAAAGAGAAACGGGACGCACUCAAGAAGUUAGACAUAUCGCGUCUCCCGCCAAUAUUGGUUAUUCAUUUUAAACGGUUCUACGUUGACCCACAAGAGUAUAUGUGCAAUACAUAUCGUAAAAAGCAAACGUUCAUAGACUUUCCUCUAGAGGACUUGGAUAUGAGCGAGUUCUCAUUGAAUUGCUCGAACAAGAAUAUGUACGAUUUAUACGCUGUGUCGAAUCAUUAUGGGUCCAUGGAGGGCGGACACUACACCGCGGCCUGCAGGAAUACAGUGACUUCCAAGAAUGUAGCGUGCAAUAAACACAACGGCUAUGGCAAAUGGCAUAAAUUCGACGAUCACCUAGUAACAGUGAUAUCGUCGGCCGAAGUGAGGUCGAGCGCCGCGUACAUUUUGUUCUACGCGUGCCACGACCCGGCGUCCCUGUCGUGAUGGCGGCGGCCUCGCCCGCGCCCGCAGCGCCCCCGUGCGGCCGCCACGUACCUCGCGGCGCCCUACGGCAGCCAACACUUGAAUAAGCCUGUUCCACACUAUACUGACAACCUAUUUUCACCGAAAUACACGACGGUCGCGAAUAACUUCCAUUUAACAUAGUUUUUUUUUAAUGGGUGAUAAUGGAAUGGUAACCCCACCCACGCUAUCGGUAUACACCGGCGGGGCACCAAUGAGGGAUGAUAGGUGAGGAUGAAGCAGCUCAGUUAGUCCAUCGUGACGAAUUCAACAAGAAUUGUUCACGAUGGUUUCCAGGGGGAACCACGUGGAGGUCGACCUGAUAGGGCAUAUUGCUAGCAAUGUCGAACUCCAUUGCUAACAAUCCCUUUCCCCAUUCCAUUUAACAUAGUUGAGUUUAACUAAAAAAAAAUACAAGUAAACCUUACAGGUUACUAAAAAUACAAUAAAUAAAUAAAUGUUUUUUUUUCCAACUCAGGGUUUGCUCGCCCUUUUUUGUAUAUAACAAAGAAUAAAUAAACAAAUUAAUUAAGGAACAGGUGUGUAGGUACGAUUUUCCUGCAAAGGUCAUUCAUCGCAUUCCUAUAUAUUUUAUUGGUGGUAAUGGUUGUUAGAACUAGUCCAACAGUGGGCUCUUUGGAAUUCAUCCCGCGAUCGUUGCAAAGAAUUCUACCUUGAAACACCCAGUGCGGUCGUCCGGGACUUUCUCAUGUGUAAAAAUCUAUACUAGUGAAUUUAAAUAGUAUUACCUACUUAUCUAUUUUUACCAGAGGCAGACUUUGUACAAAAGUCGAUUGCUUGGGUAGUUCUGUCCCAUUCGUGUUUCUACCGUGAAGCAGUUGUGUUUGCAUGGCUGUGUUUGAAGGGUGGGAAUAUGGCGUGAAUUUACUGGGUACAGAGGAAUAACACCUGAGUCCUCAGGAAUGGCAACGCAUGGAGGGGGUAUCAUGGGCGAAACAGUAUAAUCUGUUAUGUCCAUGCUACUGCUCAUGUCUGUAGGCGACGGUUACCACUUUCCAUCAGGUGGACCGUCAGCUUGUUUGCCAUUCUGAGUUGUAUAAAAAAAAAAUCUAAAAACAAAUUAGUGUUUAAAAAACUGUAUGGAACAGGCUUGUUAUUUUUAUACAUAUAUAUAAAAUGUCAUAAUUUGUAUAAAAUGUAUAAUGCGUGUAAAAAGGCUUAUAAUUAUAUUGAAAUAGUGUUAAUUUAUAAUUUGUCUUGUUUCGAGAUAUGUUUGUUGUGAUCCUGUAAGUUGAUAGUCGUGGGCGUCUAUGGUGGUAUGGUGUUUAUAGUUCACUAUAGACUUGCCACGUUAUCGGACAUUGAUUUUGGAAAAAUUGGAUUGGAGCAAAAUGUAUCCAAAAUGUAAGAGGACAAUUUUUAACUCUUGUGACAGUAUUGUGAACAAUUAUAAUUUAUAAGCGACCUCAAAAAUUUGAAGUGAUUAUCGAAUCGAUUGCUGUAAACAAAUGUAUAUAGGAUACAUAAAUAGAUUGUAAAUUUAAGUGUAAGGCAAACUUUAUUAAAUUUUUUGUUAAUAUAAUA